AUGGACCAUUUUCAAACCACGACCGAAGUCGAAGGGGCGGAGGACGCACCAUCAUUUCUUGGAUUCCUCAACAAGUUCUUUGGGGCCUACUUAAUGCUGGUGGUCAUAAUCUUUGGGUUUGUUGGCAACAUGUUCUCCGUUAUUAUUUUCAUUAGGCAAAGAAGGAGGAACACGGCAGCAAGCGUGUACCUAGUGUCGUUGGCUGUAUCAGAUACCGGGAACCUGGUGAUGAGUUUUCAGACCUGGCUUCAUAUUGGUUUAUUUUACGUCACAAACGGAGAUAUCAAUAUCGCGUCUGGCGCCACAGAUAUUGGUUCGUACAUCAUCAUCGCGUACAGUAUAGAACGCUGUGUGGCGGUUUGGUAUCCUUUGAAGGUGGCAAGCCUCUUCACCAGUCGACGGCGGAACAUCAUUCUUGUUAUCCUUCUGUCAAUCUCGUUUACGUUUUACUCUCCAGCGUUUUUUAAUUAUGUAUCGACCACGAUCAAAAUUCAAGGCAUUACCAGGCGGUUGUGUAUGCAAGAGCAGGGCAUUCUUCCAACCUGGAUAUUUGAGGCCUUUGAAGUCUUGCUGUUCAUCACCAAUAUGGUUGCUCCUGUCUGUAUCGUGUUCAUUAUCAAUACUCUGAUUGUAGCUGGAGUUUUUCGAGCAGGCAAUAAUGAGCAUUUUGCUGAAAAUUACAAUGCUGAAAAAUUGCAAAAAAAACUGGUCAAAAAUCUGUUCAUCGUUUCUUUGAUAUAUUUCCUUUCAAUGGCCCCGUAUGUUAUAUUUCGCUGGGUUGAUUUGAUUACAGGUGCCCCGAUAUACCUCCGCGAAUGGUCAAACGCAAUCUCAAAUUUUAUUGUUUUCAACUAUGCGGUUAAUUUCAUCAUUUACUUGUGUACAUUGAAGUACUUUAGGGAUGACGUCAGAUAUUUAUUCUGCGGACGCAUAUUAGAUGAUGAAGAACGCGGGACCUAA